GUAGUAAAGCGGUCCCCUACGCCGCUACAACGUUUUUGCUAUUAAAAAAAUUACCUACAUACGUGCUCGCGAACCGUAAAUCACGACACUUGAAGUAAAUGUUUUGAAAUUAAAAGUGAUAAAUGAAUUUUAUUUAAAUCAAAAUAACAAAUGUUUUGUAGAAGUUAUAUUAACAAAUUAAAUAUAAAGCUGAGUUUCUAAAGGUGUUCGGAUAAACUAGCGAGAUUAUCUUGUAACUGAGGAGCAAUUUGUGGCAAAGAGGCGAGCGGCAAUCAUUCCACAGUCGCUCGCGCGCCGCUAGGAGCGAUGUGGGGCAUUGUUCUGCUCAUCUUCUUCGUCGCAGGCAGUCGGCAAUUAUCGAUAACCGAGUUUUCAGUACCUGACGCAGUAGAGUCUGGAGCAGACGUUCUUUUGCAAUGCGGAUAUGAAUUAAGUUCGAAUGAGACCGCGCAAGGUUUGACUGUGAAAUGGUGGUUCACUGAAAUGGAUGAAUCUGAGGAUGAACCCAUCUUACUUUACCAAAGGAUAGCAGGGCAGCCGCCUGUGACAGCAAAAGAUGGCAUUGAAAUAAUGGAGAAUGAUGAUAUCUUACUGAAAAGCGUGACACCAGACAGUUCGGGCACUUACGAAUGUGAAGUAUCGGCUAUAGAAGAUGAAAAACGACAGCACGACGAUCUCAUUGUAUUCUCGAAGGGUGAGCUGGUGCUAAACAUCACAGAAGUUGAAGACGGUCCAGAUGAAGAUGAUGACAGAGAUAUCCUGAUCACCUGUGAAGCGACAAAUGUGGCGCCGUAUCCUGUUCUCGUGAUAACUGUCAAUAAUGAAGUUCUAACCACCAAUGACACAGUAAUAGAUCAAGAUAACAGCACAUACGACGCCAUCAAUAACGUGACAAUGAGUAAAAGUGAUGCAGACGGUGCGGAGAUCAGCUGCGAACUGUUCUACAGGAACACCACGCUCGAGCAGUACAAAAUAACACGGCUUUAUGAAGCAUCAAAGGUGUCCACGACGGAGAACUUCGAAGACUACACUUCUACUGAAGCCACCCCCGGCAAUAGAGUCAACGGAUUGGCAUCAAGUUUUCUUCUAGUCAUCUCAGCGCUUCUUAUUAAUAUUUUCGCUAUUAAAAUCUAAAAUACUAAAAUAUUAU